AUGGUGUGGUGGCUGUUGCUGCUCUUCCCCGUCCCCACAUUGCAGAAGGUGUGGUAUCCAUCAGUGGAUGAUCAGAUCGAAGGUUGCUAUACAGUUUCUGCCGAUCUUGCUGAUGAUCACAGUGCUGCUAGCUGUGGUGGUAAGCAAUGUCCAAAUUGCUACCAGCUCGACACAUCAUCCAACGCAGUCACCUUAACCAUUACCAACUGCCACUUCGUGAAUGGCGUGGCUCUCACCGGCCAGGCUGUUUUCAUGUACACCUUCUACAACACAGGUACUCGCUCUGCGUUUGUCAAAGAUGGCAGUGGUGCUGGCGCACGGGAGUAUUUCAUCAGGCCCAUGGGCCAGGGCGAUGCGGGCACAACUUGCAUGUGCAAGGAUGGCGAGUUGGCCUGCAGCGCUGACACUCCCGAGGUCCUGAAGGUGACUGCCAGUGGUUCAACAGAGCCCAGCACGGAGUGCGCAACUUUGUCGGGCACGCCGCUGACGCUGGACCUAAGCACAACCGCCUGCAACUCACGGUACUGUCCCACAUGCUUUACCAUGGACACGACUGCAACGGGUGCCGACAUGACGCUCACACUUUCGAACUGCGACUACUACAUGGGACACCAUCUAUCCACAAACUACGUCAUCAAGUACGACUUCUACAACUUCGGCACCCAUUCAGUCACCCUGGGUGACGGGUCGGUGGACUAUCAAAUGUCGUUUGGCAGUUUCGGCGCAUCCGCAACCCACUGCGCCUGCCUGGCUGGAACGCUGAGAUGCGAUGCAGGUGGAUCAUCUGGAAGCAUUCUGGGAAACCUCGAAGUUUCCGGCUAUGUGUCUGUCUUGAGCCUGCUGCUCAGAGCCAGAAUCCCUGAGUCCAGCUGUUUGCUUUGUUCGACGUGCUACCCAGGCUAUUCGAGGGUCGGCAAAUCUCCAUCCGUCUCAGACUUCUCUGCGCUCGGUGCAUCCCUCUUUGCGCAAAGCUUUGCGAGGCAAGCCCAUCACUUUGGACUGCCAAGCCUUGAGCCUUUGCCGUUCUUUGAGGUCGGAAACUUCCCCUCCUGCCUCUAG